CAUGUACUUCUCAUAAGUAAUAAUUUCAACAAUUUUAAAUUUUGAGUGCUUCCUGUAAGCAAAUGUAAAAUAAAAAGGAUAAUACUUACUGGUCAUGUCACUUGCAUACAGUUAUUUGAUAGGACUCGUGAUAUAUAUGGGUUACUUUAUAUGCUGUGACAAUGUUGCAGUUAAGCCAUCUGAUAUCAUUGCAAAAAGCGGAGAAGACGCUGAAAUGCCAUGUCAGCUUGCAGAUGAAGAAAUAACGCAAUCGGAGAUUGUUUCAUGGUAUGAUUUCACCAAACGAGAGGACGGCUUACAAAUUUUCAAUUCGUAUGAACCAGAUACAAUAUUGAGUCCAAAAUUUGCUGUUAAUACUAAAGCUGCAAAAUAUAACCUAAAAAUAAAGAAUAUAUCUAUAGAGGAUGCUGGGAAGUACAUGUGCAAAACAUUUUAUGGUCAGUCGCAAUAUUCAGCCUAUGUCACUGUAUAUGGAACCCCCUCGUGUGUCUUUGACAGUGUUAUUGAAGGAGAGAGUGUCACAGUUAUGUGUAAUAUGAGAUAUGCUGGCUAUGCUAAACCAACAUUAAAAUGGUUGCGCGAUGGUGAAGAAGAACGAGAAAAUGUAUCAUACGCCAACAAGGAUGAUCAUUAUGCAAGUGCAAAAUUUACAUUUGAUAUCUCUUCUGUGAAAAAUAGAACAAAAUUUACUUGUCAAGUGAAUAGCAAGGAACCUGAAUAUGUUGAUCAGUGUAUACUCACCUGGAAUUCUCUAAAUGAAGGUAAAUCUGAAUCCAGCCAUAUUGCAACAGGAUUAAACCUAAGAGAUGUCAUUGCCAUCGCCAUUCUUGCACCUCUAAUGCUGUUGAUGUGUGCCAUAGGUGUAGCAGUGCUAUUUAGCAUUAUUAAAAGAUGUAAAAAGCAGGACAGCUCCAAAGGGAACAUCCGAUACAGUGCUGUUGAACAUAAACCAGUGAACCAGUAAUAACCAGGAAGACCAUACAAUACCAUAUAAUCGCUUCAGGCCCAUGUGACUCUUUUGAAUAUUCAAAGACCAAAGAAAGAUUUGUUGUAAAUUAUAUAAUUCAGAGAGAGAGAGAGAGAUGCAAUGCAUUAACUAUUUUUGGGCUCUGUAGUUUGAUUUUGAGUUCGACAUACUACUAUCAU